AUGGUGGUGAAAAGUGACUCGAAAGCCUCUCGGGGGAUUGUUUCAGGAUGCUUUUGGGAGCUGGGAUUUUUGAGAAGUUCCCAUUCGUUCAUUUCACCUUCUCACCCCUAUUGUCCCUUCAAUCGCUGUUGCUUCCUUUUUGCGGAUGCCUCUUUCCCCUUUCUCACUCUCUCCCCCCCUCCUCAUUCUGUUCCUCCCUCCUCAAUCUGUUUCCCCCUCCUCAAUCUGUUUCCCCCUCUUCAAUCUGUUCCCCCCUUGCUCACUAUCUCCCCCCUUGCUCACUAUGUUUCCCCUGCUCACUCCCUUAACCCCCCUCACUCUGUUUCUUCCUUGCUCUUUCUCUCCCCUCCUCCUCACUCUAUUUCCCCUUCCUCACUCUUAAUCCUCCCUGCUCACUCUCUUGCGCCUUGCUCUCUCUCUUCCCCCCUCCUCAUUCUGUUUCCCCAUUGCUCAUUCUCUUCCCCGCUGCUCAUUCUCUUCCCCCCUUCUCACUCCCCGCUGCCCUCGUCGCCUCUCGCCCGUCGCCCUCGCUUCCUCCGCCCGCCCUCGCUUCUCUCAUCCCGUCACCCUUGCUUCUCCCAUCCCGUUGCCCUCGCUUCUCCCAUCCCGUCGCCCUUGCUUCUCCCAUCCCGUCGCCCUCGCUUCUCCCAUCCCGUCGCUUUCGCUUCUUCCAUCCCGUCGCCCUCACUUCUCCCAUACCGUCGCCCUCGCUUCUCCCAUCCCGUCGCCCUCGCUUCUCCCAUCCCGUCGCCCUUGCUUUCCCCCGCCCGUCGCCUUCGCUUCCCCUGCCUGUCGCCCUUGCUUCCUCUCUCCAUCGCUCGCCCCGUCAACCUCUCCUCUCCCACCUGCCGCUGCGUUGACGUCGCUCUCAUUCCCACUGCUGACUCUUCUUCGAUCUUCCCCUCUUCUUUGCCCUUGCUUCCUUCCCCCGUCGCCCAUGCCCAUUCCCCUCCCUCACGCCGACGCCCUGGUUUCCCACCCCGCCGCCUUCUCUACCCUUUCUUGUGCCCGUGUUUACCACCUCCUUCAUUUCCCCACCCUAAGCUUCACUCUCACCCACGUCACUCAUGCGGAAAAACUAUUCCCUCUUCCUCCCUCCUCUCUCUUCCCCCCUGUCCACUCCCUUCCCCCCAUCUCAAUCUCUUCCCCCUUGCUCAUUCUGUUUCCCCCGCUCAUCCUCUUUCCCCGUGUUCAUUGUGUUCUCCCCUGGUCACUCCCUUUCCCCAUGCCCUCUCUCGUCCCCCUGCUCACUCCCUCUCAACAUGCUCACUCUCUUUCCCCUUGCUCACUCUCUUUCCCCCUUGCUCACUCUCUUUCCCCCUUGCUCACUCUCUUUCCCCCUUGCUCACUCUCUUUCCCCCUUGCUCACUCCCUUUCCCCCUUGCUCACUCUCUUUCCCCCUUGCUCACUCUCUUUCCCCCUUGCUCACCCUCUUUCCCCUUUGCUCACUCUCUUUCCCCAUCGCUCAUUCUCUUUCGCCCGUGCUCAUUCUCUUCCCCCCUGCUCACUCUUUUUCCCCCUUGCUCACUCUCUUUCCCCCUUGCUCACUCUCUUUCCCCCUUGCUCACUCUCUUUCCCCAUGCUCAUUCUCUUUCCCCAUGCUCAUUCUCUUUCCCCCUUGCUCACUCUCUUUCCCCAUGCUCAUUCUCUUUCGCCCGUGCUCAUUCUCUUUCCCCCUUGCUCAUUCUCUUCCCCCCUGCUCAUUCUCUUUCCCCCUUGCUCAUUCACUUUCUCUCUGCUCAUGUUCUUUCCCCUUUGCUCAUUCACGUCCCCCUUGCUCAUUAUCUUCCCCCCUGCUCACUAUCUUCCCCCCUGCUCGCUAUCUUCCCCUCUGCUCACUCUCUUCCCCAUUCGUCAUUCUGUUUCCCCCGGCUCAAUCUCUUCCCCCCUCCUCACUUUGUUUAG